AUGCCCGGAGGAUCGAGAAAGGCGAAGACCAUAACCUCAACUGCAGAAUCGCAGCUAACGGACGAAGCAACGAUAUUGACCUCGAAUGUCGACGGCAACCAGGAAUCAAGAAAGAAGAAUGGUAAAGAAAAGGAAACACCACCCACACACAGUUGUGCGCUUUGUAAAUGGCCAGAUAAUAACGAAAUGGUCAUGUGUGAUGCGUGCAGUCAGUGGCAUCACUACAUAUGUGUCGAUGAGACUGACGGAGUUCGCGAUCGGGAUUGGACCUGUGCCAAAUGCCUUGAGUUAGCGGAAAAACACUCACGAGUCCACAGUUUAGCCAAAGGUGCGGGAACAAAUAUGUGUGAAGAAGAACGACAGAAACGUUUAGAAAUGCUAAAAGAGAAAAAACAGCUUAAGGAGAAGUUUGCGCUGAAACGGUUGGAGCUGCAGGAGAAGUUGGAGGAAGAGUAUCUGCAAGAAAAGUAUAUGCUUCUUCAGAUCAACGACGCAGGAGGCUUACGUGAUGAUGAGCAGGCUAAAGUUCAUUCUGACCGCGACGGAUCUGUAAGCGGAGCCGGUAGAAUACGACAGUGGCUUAAUGAAGUGGAGGAGUAUGGGGGCGGCGGCACUAUCGCAUCGCUAGAGCCCAGGCGAAACAGGAACGCUGAUAGACAUCAACCGGAAGUUAGAUGUCGGGUUCAAUUGGCCUACCCGAACACCCAGCAAAAUGAGUCCACUGGUGAAACAUCGCAAGCUGUUCACGGUUCUGGCAACCAUCACUCGUCUGAAAGCGCACUACAAGUUUUCCGUCCGGAGCAAAAAUCGACUCCGCGUGACCAAAUUGGUCAAAGCAGACCAUCUGAGAACCACGGUCAAUUAGAUUCGUUCGUUCUAAAUCGUAGCCAGCUAGCAGCCAGGCAAGGAGUUUCCAAGGACCUGCCAGAGUUUAACGGGAAUCCUGAGGAUUGGCCUUUGUUCUUUUGUACGUUUACCUCGUCAACUGCCAUGUGCGGCUUUACCAACGAGGAAAAUAUGCUUCGUCUAAGGAAGUGCCUUAAGGGUCGAGCUUUAGAUGCCGUAAGAUGCCACUUAUUGCACCCGACAAACGUAGCAAAGGUGCUGUCGACUCUCAAAAUGCUCUUUGGGAAACCCGAAACAAUUGUGGAGGCCAUCAAGAUGAAAAUAAGAACGCUGCCAACACCGGACAUGGAUCGUUUAGAGACUCUCGUCAGCUUUGCGCUAUCCGUCGAAAAUCUUUGCGCCACUAUCGACGCCUGUGAGGUCAGCGAUUUUAUGUAUGACUCCUCUUUGCGUUGUGAGCUGAUCAACAAACUUCCUACAAACCAUCAACUAGAAUGGGCUAGACACGCUCGAAGUUUGACAUCUCCAAAACUCUCGGAUUUGAGCUCGUGGCUGUAUGCCUUGGCGGAGGAUGCAUCUUCAAUACUUAUCACAGCGCCUACCAGCCGGAAGUCGCGAAAAGGUGAAAAAUAUCUGAACGUUCAUUCCAGUUACGAGCAGCGAGACGAAUCGCAAUAUUCUGUGGAAUUCUCCCAACGUGAUCGUCGUCCACGAGAGAACGAGAGCAAGGAGUGUAGAAUCUGUAAAGGAACCUGCUCAACAGUAUCCAAAUGUCAACGAUUCAUUCAAAUGAGUUACGAAGCGAAAUGGGCUGCCGUGAAGGAGUUGCACCUAUGCAAAAAAUGUUUACGUCGACAUAGCGGAAUAUGCCGUAUGCAGAAGGUAUGCGGAAUCGAUGGUUGCAGUUACAAGCAUCACCAGUUGAUGCAUAAGAAGCUCGAGGUCCACGCCGCAGAGGUAGACGAAAAAAUUUGCAAUCUUCAUCAAUCGCAAUUCAACGAGGUUCUGUUCAGAAUCGUUCCGGUAACGCUUUACGGUCCAAAGGCAGUAGUACAAACAUAUGCAUUUCUGGACGACGGAUCAGAAAUAACCCUAAUCGAAGAAACCCUAGCCGAUCAACUGGAAUUGAAAGGUCCACAACACUCACUAUGCUUGAAGUGGACGGGAGACACUCGUCGGUAUGAAGAACGGUCUAAAAUCGUAAACUUACGAAUUUCAGGCAAAGGAAAACCCAUUGAAAAAUCCCACAACUUGUCCGAAGUUCGAACCGUUCGAGAGUUAAAACUUCCCAACCAAUCCUUAAUAGCAGAUGAAAUGAAGAAGAAAUAUUUGCAUCUUAAGAAUAUUCCUUUCGAAUCUUAUGACCGUGCAACCCCACGAAUUUUAAUCGGUUUGGAUCAUGCUCACCUAGGUAAUGCUACUAAAAUCCGAGAGGGUAGCCUCAACCAGCCGAUCGCAAUCAAGUCCAGGUUGGGUUGGAUCGUUUUUGGAAGCUGCACGGACAAGAAGCCAGCUAGUUCGUUCGUCAACAUUCAUUUCCUACCCAAGUGCGAGUGCAGCAUCGACGACACCUUACACAGAGUGGUGAAAGACUAUUUCUCGUUAGACAGCGUGGGUGUAGCUCAAACAAAAACUCUGUUGUCAACUGAGGACCAAAGAGCUCUUGAAUUGUUGUGUGCCAAAACCAGACCAGUAGGAGGAAGGUAUGAAGUUGGACUUCUGUGGAAGUAUGAAAACGUGAGGCUUCCAAACAGCAGAGACAUGGCGCUUCGGAGAUGGCAAUGUCUCGACCGGAGAUUGACUAAGGACGAAAAUUUGGCUAGGUCCAUGGAAGCGCAGAUCAAAGGUUAUCUCGAAAAAGGUUACAUACGAAAAUUGACCCAAGACGAAAUCUCAGCCAAGUAUCCCAGAGUGUGGUACCUACCCAUAUUCCCGGUGGUAAACCCGAAUAAGCCAGAGAAACUUCGCAUGGUGUGGGAUGCCGCUGCAAAAAGCCACGGCAUUUCUUUAAACUCUGUCUUAUUGAAAGGUCCGGACCAAUUGAAUUCUCUAUUCUCGGUUCUUCUUAAAUUUCGAGAAUAUAAGACAGCGUUCUCCGGCGACAUACGUGAGAUGUACCAUCAGGUACUAAUCGACAAGACCGACCAGCAGUGCCAAAGAUUUCUUUGGAAAGACGAUAGAUCAUCAUCCAGUCCCAGUGAGUAUAUCAUGUGUGUUAUGACUUUCGGCGCAAGCUGCUCCCCCAGCAGCGCGCAAUAUGUAAAAAACAUAAAUGCGCAGAAGUUCCAAACCCGUUUUCCUGAAGCUGUCGAUGUUAUAAUCAAUCGACAUUACGUUGAUGAUGCACUAGUAAGCGUUGAGAUGGAAGAGGAUGCCAUCCGAAUUGCCAAGGAGGUCUACGAAAUUCAUCGAUCCGGUGGAUUCGAAAUAAGAAAUUGGAUUUCGAACUCCCGUAGAUUUCUAAACGCAUUGCCAGGCCCACAAACUCAAGAAAAGAGCUUAAGUCUUUCGUCCGAAUUGGCCACCGAGAAAAUCCUUGGCAUGUACUGGGACACCGCCUCGGAUUCCUUCAAGUUUAAGCUUUCCAACCGCCAUGAUCCAGAAUUGUUGAACGGGGAUCGAGUGCCAACAAAAAGAGAGAUUUUGCGAACACUCAUGAUGAUUUUUGAUCCGCUCGGAUUAAUCGGCAACGUGUUGAUGUAUCUUAAGGUGAUUUUGCAAGAGAUUUGGCGCGUUGGUGUUGGCUGGGACGAUACAAUUACGGACGAACAGUUCCAAAAGUGGCUCAUGUGGUUAAAGGUCCUUCCCGCACUCCAAGAAAUCAGGAUUCCCCGAUGCUUUCGUUCGUCAACAUCCACUUCCGACAAAACACAAGUACAAAUGCAUACUUUCGUUGAUGCGAGCGAAAGUGGAUUCGCUGCGGUAGUUUUUCUGAGCGGUUCUACUGGACUGAUUCCCGUAAUCUUCUAUGCUGGCUUAAGUCGGAUCACCGACGGUACAGUCCAUUUGUGGGAACACGAGUAA